GAUUUAAGAAAGGGUUCACUUCCGGUAGCCCGGGAAGCAGUUUGAAGAUGGCGUCCUCCAAGCAGGACGGACAAGCUGCAGCGUCUAGGAAAAGUGAAUUUCGUAGCCAGAAGCCGAAGCCGGAGAGCCGAGAUGAAUCAGAACUCCUCACUGUUCCUGAUGGUUGGAAGGAGCCAGCUUUUUCCAAAGAGGACAAUCCCAGAGGACUCUUGGAGGAGAGCAGUUUUGCAACUUUGUUUCCAAAAUAUAGAGAGGCUUACUUGAAAGAGUGCUGGCCAUUGGUACAGAAAGCCUUGAGUGAACAUCAUGUUAAUGCAACCCUGGACCUGAUCGAGGGCAGCAUGACUGUCUGUACAACAAAGAAGACAUUUGAUCCAUAUAUCAUCAUUAGGGCCAGAGACCUAAUAAAACUGUUAGCAAGGAGUGUUUCAUUUGAACAGGCAGUACGAAUUCUUCAGGAUGAUGUUGCAUGUGACAUCAUUAAAAUAGGUUCUUUAGUAAGAAAUAAAGAAAGAUUUGUAAAAAGAAGACAACGGCUUAUUGGUCCCAAAGGAUCUACGUUGAAGGCGUUGGAACUCUUAACAAACUGUUACAUUAUGGUACAGGGAAACACGGUUUCAGCCAUUGGACCUUUUAGUGGCUUAAAAGAGGUUCGAAAAGUAGUCCUAGACACUAUGAAGAAUAUUCAUCCAAUUUAUAACAUUAAAACCUUAAUGAUUAAACGAGAGUUGGCGAAAGAUUCUGAGUUAAGAUCACAGAGUUGGGAAAGAUUUUUGCCACAGUUCAAGCACAAAAAUGUGAAUAAACGCAAGGAACCAAAGAAGAAAACUGUUAAGAAGGAGUAUACACCAUUCCCACCACCACAGCCAGAAAGUCAGAUUGAUAAAGAAUUGGCUACUGGUGAAUACUUUCUGAAGGCAAGUCAAAAGAGGAGACAGAAAAUGGAAGCAAUAAAGGCUAAACAAGCAGAAGCUCUUAGUAGGAGACAAGAGGAAAGAAACAAAGCGUUUAUUCCACCUAAAGAAAAACCAGUUGUGAAACCUAAGGAAGCUUCUACUGAAACUAAAAUUGAUGUGGCAGCCAUCAAGGAAAAGGUUAAGAAAGCGAAGAGUAAGAAACUGGGAGCCCUUACAGUUGAAGAAGUUAAGCUUAAAAUGGAAGCAGAUGAAAAGAAAAAGAAGAAAAAAAAGUAACAUACAUAAAACAAAAAUCCCUGAGCUAGAAUUUAUUAAGCUAUCUCCUUUUGUAAAGGAUUUUGAGAUACUAGGGCAUUAGUUGCCUUAUCCCUGAGAAGUAAUACCCUGAUCACUUUUUUCUGAGUUUGUUUUGUUCUUUACAUAAACUGCAAUUCUUUAUAAAUUAUUGUAUUCUCCAUGUUUUUUGAAAAUUUUUAUACUAGAAGGUGGUAUAUCUGUGUUUAUAUGCAUUGCACCUAAUCUAUUCCAGGCACGUUUUAUCUAGGCAUGGUUUUAGGGGUAAUUCUUAAGGUUGUUUAUGUAAAGAUUUUUGCAGUGUAGCUACUGUAAUUAUCCAUCAAAUCCAAUGUCUGAGGCCAUCGGUUAGUCUUUAAAUAUAAUCAUGUCCCAGCAUUUGGUUUUGAGGAAAAUAGAUUUUUCAGUGCUCUAAUGGCAACAAGUAAACAUUUAGGUUUAUCCCUUUUUGUAAUCUUAUUUUACAUUUUGUUCCAAGAGUAAUCCAUAAUCCAAAAGUGCAAGGCCUUUUAAAUUAAUUCCCUUAAUUACUAUUCCAAUAUGAGUCUGAGGAAGUAGUAAACCAGAAAGACAUCAAAUUUGCAAGAGAACAGGGAAAACCAGAUAUUUGGAAUUGAAGCAGCAGGCAACAGGUUACAUAGAAACGCUUUUUACUGAUGAGGGCCAGGACUCGCCUAAAUCUAGCUCACUGAUUUUACAUAUUUAGAAGCUAAGGCACACGGGGGGUAGGUUACUCACUGAAAGUCACAGCUGUGGCAGCAUGAAAACAAUGCUUCUUCAUAAAAAGUGGAAAGUAAAGAUGAGUUUACCUUCUAAUGUUAGGAAAUUGAACCAUUUCUUCUUUUGAGUAAGGGUUUGCUGCAAAUUAGAAAUAACACCCAAUUUUAUUUUUUAAAGCCAUGUACGAAUGAGGCUUUUUCCCCCCCUGGAUUGUAUUAGUUCAGAAGAACUAAAUGAGGGUAUUUGUGCUUGACCAAACUGAUAAUUAUAACACUCAGUAUUAGGAUUGGUGGAGUAACAAUGAGGAAAAGAGAUGUGUAUCUGUUACGUGGAAAUAUUGGCCAGUCUGGAAACACAACAGAGUAGUAACCUGUGAAACAAACAUAAAAUAUACUCUUAAAUGUUAUUCCUCAUAAUGCAGUAACAUAGCUCAGAUAGAUCUUAUACAAUUUAAGGUUUAUAUACAUACGUGUCACUUUGUCUCGUUGUGGGUUAGCUAUAAAAUAAGAAAGAAAAGAAUUAAAAGAAUAGAUACUGGUGAGGCUUUUGUUUUCUUUUAAAAAGCCAAGUCUCUUAAUUGUAACCAUUGACUGUUUCAACUUGUUUAUAUAACCUUUAUAUAUAAACUUUUUAUAUACCACUACUAUAAAUGGAAAAUCAUUUUACAUAAUGUAACUGGCAGAUAAAAUAAAUGCAAUUAAAAUAAAACAAUUAAAAAUAAGUAUUAGUAAUAAUCAGUGUGAG